UUCUUUCUUCUUUUCUAAAAUUUCUCAACACAGAUAUAUUCAUUGGAGAAAAUUAUUCAGAUUAUAGAUCGUGCAGUCGCUGGAAUUGAAGCUGACGCCCCACAUUUCCUUCUGUACCUACAGAAAAUCUCUUAGAACUCGACCUCUUUGUGUGUGGAAUGGCGGCAGUGGAAAAGGAAAUGUCACUAGAAGUAGAAGAAGAAGACGACGAGCACGGUUCUAAAGAGAGAGUUUUACAAAAAUACUUCUUGCAGGAAUGGAAACUCGUCAAAUCUCUCCUCGAUGACAUCGUUUUAAAUGGCCGCGUCACCGAUUCUUCCUCCGUCAACAAGAUCCGAUCCAUUUUGGACAAGUAUCAGCAGGAAGGGCAGCUACUGGAGCCUUACUUAGAGACGAUAGUUACUCCUUUAAUGUCAAUUGUCCGUACUAAAACGAUUGAUUUAGGCGUAGCAACUAAUGAGAUCCUUGAAGUAAUUAAACCGAUUUGCAUAAUUAUAUACUGUCUGGUUACUGUUUGUGGAUAUAAAUCCGUUAUAAAGUUCUUUCCACAUCAAGUUUCCGAUUUAGAAUUAGCAGUUUCUCUAUUGGAGAAGUGUCAUGACACUGCUUCGGCGACGUCUUUGCGUCAAGAAAGUACAGGAGAAAUGGAGGCAAAAUGUGUAAUUCUGUUGUGGCUUUCUAUUCUUGUUUUAGUACCCUUUGAUAUCUCUUCUGUCGAUACUAGUAUUGCAAAUAGUAGUAAUGAUCUUGGUAAACUUGAGCCUGCUCCUUUGGUUCUGAGGAUGUUAAAAUUCUCUAAGGAUUAUCUUUCAAAUGCUGGUCCUAUGCGUACAAUGGCUGGUUUGCUACUCUCAAAGCUUUUAACUCGUCCUGAUAUGCCACUCGCCUUUACCAGCUUCACUGAAUGGACACAUGAGGUACUAUCUUCUGGCACAGAUGAUGUCAUGUCUCACUUUCAGUUACUAGGUGUUGUGGAAGCACUGGCUGCCAUUUUCAAGGCAGGUGGUCGGAAAGUGUUGCUGGAUGUUGUUCCUAUUGUUUGGAAUGAUACUUCAUCAAUGGUCAAGUCUGGUUAUGCAGCUCGCAGUCCUUUGCUUCGCAAGUAUCUGGUGAAAUUAACUCAGCGGAUAGGACUGACUUGUCUUCCCCAUCGCUCACCAGCCUGGUGUUAUGUGGGCAGAACUAGCUCACUUAGGGAAAAUGUUUCUGUGAGUGCAUCUAAAAGAGAAUGGAGUCAAGGUAUGAAUGUUAACUCCACCGAACCAGAAGAAAUUGCAGACUACAUGCAGGAGGAAGAUAUGGAUGUUCCAGAAAUUGUAGAAGAGAUCAUCGAGAUUUUACUUUCUGGAUUGAGAGACACGGACACUGUUGUACGUUGGUCUGCUGCCAAAGGUGUAGGCCGCAUAACUUCCCGCUUAACAUCUGUCCUCUUGGAAGAGGUGUUGUCAUCUGUUUUGGAGUUAUUUUCACCUGGAGAAGGUGAUGGUUCAUGGCAUGGGGCUUGCUUAGCAUUGGCUGAACUAGCUCGUAGAGGGUUGCUAUUGCCUGCCGGUCUUCCCAAAGUCGUGCCUUUUGUCGUGAAGGCACUGCAUUAUGAUAUUCGAAGAGGUCCACAUAGUGUUGGGUCUCAUGUACGUGAUGCUGCUGCCUACGUCUGUUGGGCAUUUGGCCGUGCAUAUUAUCACACUGAUAUGAGAAAUGUAUUGGAACAGCUUGCUCCACACCUGUUAACAGUGGCCUGCUAUGACCGUGAGGUCAAUUGCAGAAGAGCAGCAGCAGCUGCUUUUCAGGAGAAUGUUGGAAGACAAGGGAAUUAUCCACAUGGCAUUGACAUAGUAAAUAUUGCAGACUAUUUUUCACUGUCAUCACGAGUAAACUCUUAUCUCCAUGUUGCUGUCUCUGUUGCCCAGUAUGAAGGAUACCUGUAUCCGUUUGCUGAAGAAUUGCUGUAUAACAAGAUAGGUCACUGGGAUAAAAGCUUGAGAGAACUUGCUGCUGAGGCCCUUUCUGCUCUUGUCAAAUAUGAUCCUGAAUAUUUUGCAAGCUUUGUUUUGGAGAAAAUGAUUCCUUUUACUCUAUCCUCUGAUCUAUGCAUGCGUCACGGUGCUACCUUGGCUGUUGGGGAAGUUGUUUUGGCUUUACAUCAACAUGAUUACACUCUCGCCAGUGAUAGACAGAACAGUGUAGCUGGUAUAGUUCCUGCUAUUGAAAAAGCACGUCUUUAUCGUGGGAAGGGUGGAGAGAUAAUGCGUUCUGCUGUUUCGCGAUUUAUAGAAUGCAUCUCGUUAUGUCAUUUGACAUUGACAGAAAAGAUAAAAAGCAGUUUACUUGAUACUCUUAAUGAUAAUAUGAGGCACCCCAAUUCUCAAAUACAGAAUGCUGCUGUUAAAGCUCUGGAACACUUUGUUCAAGCAUACCUUGUCAGUGGAAAGAGUGGAGGUGCAGGUGGUAUAACAUCCAAGUACCUGGAACAGCUGACUGAUCAAAAUGUUGCUGUAAGAAGAGGAUCUGCAUUGGCACUAGGUGUUCUACCAUAUGAAUGUUUGGCUGAUCAGUGGAAAUACGUGCUUUUGAAGCUUUGUAGCUCCUGUCUAAUCGAGGACGACCCUGAGGACAGAGAUGCUGAAGCACGAGUAAACGCCGUCAAAGGACUCAUUUCAGUUUGUAAGACAUUAACUCGGGCAAGAGAAUGUUCUGAUAUAUGUUCAGGAGAGGACCGCAUGUCAUUGUGGCAUCUGAUUAAGAAUGAAGUGAUGUCAAGUUUAUUUAAAGCUCUAGAUGAUUAUUCUGUUGAUAACAGAGGUGAUGUUGGCUCCUGGGUUCGUGAGGCUGCUAUGGAAGGUCUUGAGACAUGUACAUUUAUCCUGUGUCUGAUGGACUCCGCCAGAAAAUCUAAUAGAGUUCAGUCUCUAUUAGAGAUGCCUGAAGGGGCUGAGAAUGAACAAAGACUCUUAUUUUUUGAUGCAAAUCUUGCUACCCAAGUGAUUGAAGUAAUUGUUAAGCAAGCUGUAGAGAAGAUGGACAAAAUAAGGGAAGCUGCAGCAAAGGUUCUCCAAAGGAUUUUGUACAACAAGACAAUAUUUGUCCCAUUUAUACCACACAGGGAAAAGCUAGAGGAAGUUGUUCCUAAUGAAGCAGAUUUACAAUGGAGUGUACCCACCAUUUCAUAUCCACGUUUUAUACAAUUACUUCAGUUUAGUUGUUAUAGUAGAGCAGUACUGUCUGGCUUAGUUGUAUCAAUUGGUGGGUUGCAAGAUUCUUUAAGAAAGGCAUCAAUCUCAGCAUUGUUGGACUAUCUUCAAGCAGUUGAAACUGAAGAUCCCAAUGAGAGAAGGUCAAGAGAGUACAUGGUAUCUGCCGACAUCCUCUGGGUGCUGCAACAGUACAAGAAAUGUGAUAGAGUGAUUGUACCCACUUUAAAGACAAUUGAGAUUCUUUUCAGCAAAAAGAUUUUCUUGGACAUGGAGGUUCAUACUUCAAUCUUCUGUGCUGGUGUUUUAGAUUCCCUUGCUGCCGAAUUGAAAGGAUCCAAAGACUUCUCAAAGUUAUAUGCUGGCAUUGCAAUACUUGGAUAUAUUGCUUCACUUUCGGAUCCUGUAAACAGUCGGGCAUUUACUCAUCUUGUUACUUUUCUUUGCCAUCGAUAUCCCAAGAUUAGGAAAGCUUCUGCUGAACAAGUUUAUCUUGUACUCCUGCAAAACGGGAAUCUUGUGCCAGAGGACAAAAUUGAGAGAGCACUUGAGAUUAUAUCCGACACUUGCUGGGAUGGUGACAUUGAGGUUGCUAAGCAUCGAAGAAUAGAAUUGUAUGAGAUUGCAGGUCUGGACUUGGGACAACUUCCCAGGAGUAGAGAUGCGGUAUCAAACAAGGGUAGAGAGAGGUCUACACCUAACGAUGAAAAUGCAUCAUAUUCCUCACUUGUGGGAUCAACUGGGUUCUGACUCGACCGAUCAAAGUGAAUCUUGUUGUGCACUUGUAUCUAGGGAUGGUAUGCCCUGCUCUCCAGCGAUCAUGAACUAAGAUUGCGCUCAAGUUUGUUGAGAGCCUCAUAGUACUUCUCUACCAUAUUUGCCUGUAAAUGUCGUGACCAUUAAAUGGCCAACUCAGAAGUGGAUCCAUGUGCCAAUGGUUGUAGUAGAACUAGAGCCCUACUUUUCAUUAUAUGAUUUAUUUAUUUUUGUUUGUAUAAAAAUGAGCCUUGAUUUGAUUGAUUGGACUAUAAAUUUCGACGAGAACUCGAGUUGAGACGAAUGAGUUGUCCUGAAGCCAUAAGGUGGCUUGUGUUCUAAAGAUAAUAUGGAAACUGUCAUUUUCUCUUA